UAACUCCAAGAAAAGUCCUAUGUUUGUUAAUGAUCUUCACACAGCCAUAUCUCUUCUCAAGGUAUCAUUUGAUUUGAUGCUCCAUUGAUGGCUUCCAAAGGUGACCAAAAAUUGCUUCAAGCUCCAUGCUUCGUAGGGCUGCGUGAUAAUCAUAACAACAAGAAGAAGCAUGCAAUUGCAAAGCAUGAAGGGCGUUGGGAUAUGAUUAUGGAGAAAGAUGAUGAUAAUCAUCAAGAUGCCUACAUGAACAUGCCAUCUUCUUCUUCUUCUUCUUCCCUUGCAGAUUCAAGUACAACUAAUUCCAAUGGAUCCACAUCCUCUUUAUGUGACUUGGUUGAUGAUGCUUCUUCUUCUUCUUCACCACCUUCUUCAAACUCUUCUCCAGCUUCUAAUGGUCCUUUGUUUGAAUUCUCAGAUCUCAUGGCUCAACUCCCCAUCAAGAGAGGGCUUUCUAAAUUUUACGAAGGGAAGUCUCAGUCUUUUACAUCUCUAUCAAGAGUGAAGAGCAUAGAAGACUUGGCAAAGAAGAAGAGUCCUUACUGGAAGAUAAUGAAGACAAGUAAAAGUUAUGGGGGUGGAUUGGAUAGUCAUAAAUCAUAUACUCUUGAUCCAAAGGCCACCAUUUCUAAGAGGUCUUCAAGAAGUUCUCUUUCUUCUUUAUCAGUUCCUGGUAGAAGAAGCACUUUUCUAGCUAGCAGUAGGCCUCCUCCAUCUCCUGUACAAAAGCACUUUUGAUUAUUUGAUCUGUAAACUUAUCAUCCUGGUAGAAGAAGCACUUGUCUAGCUAGCAGUAGGCCUCCUCCAUCUCCUGUACAAAAGCACUUUUGAUUAUUUGAUCUGUAAACUUAUCAAACUAAUCCUAGUAGAAUGUUUUGAUUCA